UAACUGCAUGUUUUGAACUUGAUGGUCUUCCUCUCACCUGAAGUUCACAUCUUAAGAAGUGAACAGUUUCCUGUUAACCACCACGAUGACUGGAAAUAUUGAUUUGAUGGCUGUGGAUGACCAGAUUUGGAAAAAUGCAGCAAGCUUGUUUAACAGAAGUAUUAAAUCCUUCGACGAGGAUGUUGCUUCACUACAAGAAUGGUUAAAUGCACAGCCCCAUCUUCCAAAGCUGCUGGAUUCGCACUGCCUGAGGAAUUUUCUGGUUUUAAAUAAAUGCAGUGUCGAAGUGGCUAAACAAAAAAUCGAAAAUUACUACCUAAUUAGAUCAAAAAUGGACGAUAUUAACCAAUUUAAUCCUAAACUUCCAUACAAAGCGAAACUAAACGAAAUUUCGUAUGUGGUAAUGUAUCCUAAGUUAACGAAGGAAAUGCAUAGAAUAUUUUAUAUCAAAAUCAAAAAUGAAAGUUUAAUGAGUGACUAUGAGCCUAUUGACUUUUUAAGAAAAAGUUUCUCAAUUGCGGAAAUAAGACUAAGGGAGGAUGUGCUCGUUGGAGACAUUUUUAUCGCUGACAUGAAGGGCUUUGCGAUCACAACAAUUAUGAAGGUAACACCAACAAUGUUUUACAAAGGUGCUCUCAUUUACGAGAAAAUUUUUUCCAUGCGUGUAAAGGGAGUAUAUGUGAUCAACAUGCCACCUGUUUGUGAAAUACUUUUAGCCAUGGCGAAAAGAAUACUGAAUCCAAAAGUGUUUGAAAGGAUUCACAUCUGCCCAAACAUGGAUUCACUAAAAGAGAUAUUUCCGCUGGAUCUUUUGCCAGAAGAAUUCGGAGGAACUGGGUUGUCUUUAGAUGUGUUGCAUGAAGCACUAGAAGCAAAAUACAACGAGUACCAGCACGUUUUUGACUCCUUAGACGAAGUCGAUGUGAAUGAAAACCUCAUACCUAAAAAAAAUAAAGCGGAUGAUAUUUUGGGUGUUUGUGGCAAUUUCAAGAAGCUAGAAGUUGAUUAAUGUAUUUCAUCAAUAAAAAUUGUUGUUUUCCUCAUUGUACGUAUUUCCAA